ACAUGAUCAACCAGCAGCGCCAGGGCUCUGAGCUUGCUGGCUGCACCUCCUCUGUGCACAUAUUCCGAAAACAUACACGCAUACACGCCAACCAGCUUCCAGAUCGCUCACACAUGCAGACAUAUGCAUGGAUAUAAAAUAUAUAUGCUGCAUACGUACUCGCAUAUGUUCAUUGCACAGAGGGCGCCCAGCUUUUGGAUUGUCCUAGGUUGCUGCUGAAGUCGGAUUUACACGCAGGUCAUUGCGAAGGGGGCGUGACUGUUAAAGAUUUUUUUUUCUCCUAUAAAGCACCCCCCCCCCUUUUUUUAAACUGACUUUUGCCCCCCUCUCCAGUCGUUGAAAUCCUUCGCUGCUUGCCGCUGCACUGAAGUUUAUUCAUUUCUUGCAGGAUACGUUUUUUUUUGGGGGGGGGGAGUAGCAGUGUAGUUCCCCCCUCUUGUUGCUGCUUUUUUUUUUUCCUCCGGAAAGGAAAAGGGAGCAGCUGCCGAAGAACAAGAUUUUCUGAUGUAGUCAUCGGUGAGGUUUCUCUCUCUCUUUUUGCUCUUUUUCUGAUUUGAAACUGAUUUAUGCAUUUCUCCAAGUUCAUGUUCCUGGGAUUGGACUCGUUUUAGCCGCAGACACUUUGACAGCUUGCUCCGGAGAUGUUUGGAUCUCAGUUUAUGCCUCUAUCUCGAUCUCAGUCCUUGUGCGGACUAGGCGACUGACACCAGCUUUUUUCAGAGUUUGUCGGAUUCAUUUAAAAUUAUUAUUUUUUCACCCUUCAAGCAAAACAGUUUUAUUUGUGUCGACUUGAUUUAGCAUCAUAGCACUGCUUGGAUUGGUUGAUUUUUACAUCUGUUGUUUCUUACACUCUUUGGUGCACCCACAACCUAGCAAAGAAAAGAAUACGGAAAAAAAAUCCCUAUCAAGUCUCCUCCAACACACCGGGUGCCUCCUCUUCCUCUUCCUCCUCCUCCUGCUGCUGCUGCAGAACCACCGCUUCAUCUCAGCUACCGCAGCCAAACUCUACCGAGCAUUUUUGUUGGAUAAAGGAAAGGACCAAACUUUCUUAAAGGUUUGGGUGGCACUGCCAUUCUUCUUCAACCCAACUACUUUUUAACCAUUUCCAGGACCUUGGCAGAGUGAGAUUUAAUUCACCAGUUUUGCUUCCCCACCCAUCUUUGCUCCUCACAGCCUCCCCGAGCCCGCAGCAUUUACUUCCUCAAAGACUUCUACGGGUUUGGUAAAGCAAAGGCUUUUAAAGGGUGGCAGUGAGGGGAGCAUUUUAUUCUCAGAAAAGGAACGCAUACACCCCAGACCAACCACUUUCCUUCGGCAGGUUUUUUUUUUUUCAAUCAACUACCAAAAUAACUUUGAACGAAACAAGGCAGAGCGAGAGAACAGCGCCGAAGAAGAGCCACCACCCGUCAGCUUCCACUAACACCCUCAGCUGGAGGUGCACGGUCUGAACCGGGGUGGGUGGAUUGGUGUAUGUCUCGCUGUGGCUGCUGCACUGAACUCCCGGUGAAUGUGCGCGGAGCGCCGCCACCUCCUCGUUGUGCCGCCGCUGCCACAGCCCGGUUCGGCUCCCACCUCCCCCUCCCGGGGUGACCAGCCUCCUCCCACUUCUUAAGAAACUGAUUAGGCAUCCUCCCGCUCUCCCCCUCCCAACUACGAAAUACACACGCGUCUCUUCUCCCUCCUUUAUUUUCUUUAUUUCUUUCUUAAACUCCCCGCUCCCUCCCCCCCUCCGGGGGGUGGGAGAGCUCUUUUGAUUUUUUUUUUAAAUCUGUGAUUUUUCUCUUUACUCCGUUUACUUCUCACUCCCGCGUCCCCUACGUUCUGUUUAGAAGACCCUUCUUUUCCUUUUUCCCUCAUUUUUUUUUCUUCCUCCCUCCCCCCUCCCCCCGCUCCCUCCUGUGUUUGUGUUUUUCACUGUUGGAGGGGAGUGAUGUUGCACGUGGAGAUGUUGAUGCUGGUGUUUCUGGUGCUCUGGAUGUCUGUGUUCAGCCAAGAUCCUGGCUCCAAAGCUGUCGCUGAUCGCUACGCUGUCUACUGGAACAGCACCAACCCCAGAUUCCAGAGAGGUGACUACCACAUCGAUGUCUGUAUUAAUGACUACCUGGAUGUGUUCUGCCCUCACUAUGAGGACUCAGUCCCCGAAGAUAAGACAGAACGAUAUGUCCUAUACAUGGUGAACUUUGAUGGCUAUAGCUCCUGUGACCACACCUCCAAAGGGUUCAAGAGGUGGGAAUGUAAUCGACCUCAUUCUCCAAAUGGACCACUGAAAUUUUCUGAAAAAUUCCAGCUCUUCACUCCCUUCUCUCUAGGAUUUGAGUUCAGGCCAGGCCGGGAAUAUUUCUACAUCUCCUCAGCAAUCCCGGAUAAUGGAAGGAGGUCCUGUCUAAAGCUCAAAGUCUUUGUUCGACCAGCAAACAGCUGUAUGAAAACUAUAGGUGUUCAUGAUCGUGUUUUCGAUGUUAACGACAAAGUAGAAAAUUCAUUAGAACCAGCAGAUGACACCGUACAUGAGUCAGCCGAGCCAUCCCGUGGUGAGAACGCGGCACAAACACCAAGGAUACCCAGUCGGCUUUUGGCAAUCCUGCUGUUUCUCCUGGCGAUGAGUUUGACAUUAUAGCACACUUUACUCCAGUAACCUGUCACAGAAAACAUCAGGAUCUUGGAACAUCAGAGAUCCACCUAACUGCUCAUCCUAAGAAAGGGACUUUUUAUUGGUUUUUGCAGAUGUCAGAUUUCUUUUUUUUCCUUUCAGCCUGAACUAUAAGCAACAACUUGGGAGGCAUAACUAGUUUCUGCCUCCCAUUCCCUUUUGCUCAUGAUUUUUCUCACCCUUUCCAAAUUAAAUGGACUCCAGAUGAAAAAGCCAAAUUGUUAUAAUGACACCAGUUAUUCUUAUGCUCCUGUGCAUUCUCUUCAAAGGACUCACCUCCGUUAGCUUGCUGCGGCAUCAGUAUGUGGACAAGGAAGAAUAGUGGCAGAUGCAGUCAGUGAAGGAAAAGCCCAGGAGGAUUUUACUCUCCUCUACAAUAUUUAUGCCUUCUCAUUCAGUACUGUAAGAUGAUCAUGCAGGGCAGCUUGUCACCAUGUCAGGACUGGAGGGGAGAUAUUAAGAAUAGAUAUAAUGUAACAUCAUUUCCUCUAGGAGUUCCUAAAUUAGCAGGCUUCUAAAAGGUAAAGACACUGGUUUUUUUUUAAAUGACUGUCCUAAAGAAAUCCUGACAGUAAGACUUGUGCUCCAUUGAAGAAGCUUUGUUUUGAAAGGAGGUUACAUGUAGGGAUAUUAACACAAAGCAAGCAUGGUACCAUAGAUAGCAGUACACUGGGGGUAUGUAUGUGAGUGCCUCUAUUUUUUUUUCUUUGGUAACUGGGAAGCGUGUACCAGAUUUUUUUUUUCUUUGAAAAUAGAUCACCAUGGUGCUACAAUGUUUUUGUUUGUUUAUUUGUUUUACAAACACAAAGAGGCAUUUUUAUGAAUAAAGUGACCUUCCCCAGGGCUGACAAGCCAGGGUUGAUGAGUGGAUAGAGUAUAUAGCCUGGCAUAUCCCUCUGGGAAAUGAUAACGUACCAAGGAAAGAACAUCACUGGCCAGAGGAAAUGUGAUUCUGGAACGCUGGUUCUCCAGUGCUUUAUUGCCUUCCCCCGACUCUCUCCUUUUACCACCCCCCAAAAAAAACCCCACAAAAAAACAAAAGUAAGUCCUGCCUUGAAACUCACUCCUUGCUAUACUUUCCACCACUACCACAGGGGAAGCUAACCAAAACCCCUGUCACUAGGAGAGUCAGUCAACAUUGAUUGGGUGGGCAAAAGGGAAAACUGGAAUAAAAAAUUCAACUGUUGCUUUUAUAUUCUUUCCCUUUCAGAUACAGCUUAAAGAGUAGGGGGGAACAUGUGUUUAUCCACAGGAGAUUAACUAGAUGGGGUCCCAAAGACUUUAACAAAAUAUUUUUUUAAAGAUCCACUAGAAUAGAAAAUACAUUAUUUAGAUAUACUUUAUGCUGAGAGUGAGUAUAUAUGCUUGUCCUAUUUAAACUUGUGAGAGAUGUGGUAUCCCUUGAUACAUUUAGGAAUGUGGGGAAAUAUCUUGUUUCUUGAAAAAUAAAAAGCAGGAUGACCCUGUUCAAAGAAUCUUAGCAUGGCCAACAUGGGAUUUACAAAUUGAUCACCAGGAAAUGCAAGCCUUGGGUUUUUUUUUACUGGCCAGGCUGCCAUGAACUUUGAACUCCAAAGCAUAGUCAGGGAAAUGUGUCAGACCAAUGGGAAAAAAACAGCAACAACAAAGCCUUUUUUUUAUUGCAUGACAUGUUGGUUGAAACCAAGCCUUUCAAAAGCAAAAACAAAAACAUGAACAAAAAACAAAAACUGUGAUGAACAUGUCAAAUGUGAAAAAUGGACCGCAUUCCAGUGGGGGAAAAGGAUUUUUAUAUAUUAGUUUUUAAAAAUACCUAUGUAAAAAAUUGGUGAUGUUAAUGGACAGAAUUUAUAAAUGGGAAUAAUGAUCUUACUUAGAAUUUUGGGAAGUCCUCAAUUAGAAAAACAUGAAUGAAAGGCAACCAUGGAUUUCUGGCACACAGGAGAGUUGUACACAUGGUCAAGUAUAAUCUGGGCUCACCUACUGUUAUUCAGAGUGUAUAUGAAAUUGAUGCAGGGGCUGUCCUUAUACAGGAUAAGUUGAGUGGGGCUAUCAGACACAGGUAAAAUUAAUCCAUUUUUUAGAACUUCAGCCAACUCAACAGAGAGCCACAGUCUAAUGUAGAUUUCAGUCACCAUUUCACAU